AUGAAUCCAUAUUUUACCAAAGACUUUGUACUUAACAAUAUUCAUUAUUUCGCUCGUGACAUGUCUGAUGAAAAAAUUUAUGCUAUCUCAGAUCUACAUGUAGAUCAAAUUGAGAAUAUGAAAUGGGUUGAACAAUUAUCUAGUGAUCGAUAUUUAAAUGAUACAGUUAUUAUUGCAGGUGAUAUAACACAUGUUUUAACAAAAUUAACACAAACAUUAAAAUUAUUUAAAUCAAAAUUUAAAAAUGUUUAUUAUUGUCCUGGUAAUCAUGAAUUAUGGACACAAUCACAAAUGGAAGAUGAAGAAUUACAAGUUGAUAAUUCGAUAGAAAAAUUUCAUCAUAUAAUAAAACUUUGUGAUAGUAUUGGUGUACAUACAAAACCUGGUGUUACUGAUCAAGGUGUCACGAUUGUACCUUUAUUUGGAUGGUAUGACGAGAGUUUACAUAAACCACAUCCCGAGGUUGAAAGUGAUCUACGACUUUGGAGUGAUAAUUAUCGAUGUAAAUGGACAAGUGAAGUACCACAAACUGAAGCUGCAAAAUAUUUUGUUGGACUUAAUAAAAAAUAUAUAUUUGAUUUAAAUAAGAAUAAUAAUAAAAAAAUUAUUACGUUUUCACAUUUUUUAACAAGCAAAAAAUUAAUGCAGGCAUAUCGUGAUGAAAUGCAACGUCGUCGAGAUCAAUGGCGUGAAAAUAAAAAUGAUACAACAAGUAAUCAAGAACAAAACGUAAUAAAAGCGAAUUUUUCAUUAGUUGCUGGAACUGAAUUAUUAGACGAACAAUUACAAAUAAUUAAACCACAAGUGCAUAUAUUUGGUCAUAGUCAUCGUAAAAUGGUAUUAGAUAUUGGUGAUGGUAUAACAUAUGUAAAUAAUCCACUUGGUUAUGUCAAAGAACGACAAACUGGAUUAAUAGAACCACCACAUGAACUUUAUGAAAUAAAACUUAUUGACAAAUAA